CUCAUCAUCCAUUGCAGGGUACGUUUAAAAAAAGACAAAAGAAAAAGCAAACUACCGAUAGUAUCCCUUUCAAGAAAAGUUACCCCAUGGUAAGUCCAUGAUUUGGUUUUGAUUACAAAAACCACUUCAGUAUUGAAGUCUUGGGGUCAGAUUUUAUUUUGUUACUUUUUUUAAUUCACUGUUUCUCUUUCUUUACCUUGACCUUUUUUGGGUUCACUGUUUCAGCAAUCUCUCCUUUUAUAUUCCUUAACCCACACCUCCAUUUUCUCUCCAUUGCUUUCACUGCAACUCCCCCAUCUCUUAUAUAUAUAUAUAUAUUCUCUCUCAAAGGUCAGCUGACUGCUGAAGAUGUCAAUUAAAGUGAGUCAGAAAACGGGAAACAAGGCAACUGGUAGUACUAUCAUACACAAGUCUAAUACCAGUGCUGCAGGGAAUAAAGGGGUUCCGAGGCCCCGGAGUUACGGUUUCAUGCGAUGUAAAACAUCGAAAAUUUCACCGGUAAGGUUUCUGAAGCAUCUUGGUGGUAAAUUAGCCAGAGGUUUACAUGUUGUGUCCAUGAAAAUCAGGCAAUCUCCUAAGGUUUCUUCUUCAUCUGGAAGAUCAAAGCCAUUUGUAACACCUGUUGAUUCUCAUAGAACUGCUGCCGUCGAGGACUGCAUCGAGUUUAUCAACUCUUCUGCUUCUUUGCCUCGAUCAAAUUCCGUUUCGGCUAAUCCUCAUUGAACUCUGCAGUUAAUGGUCUUAUUUGGUUGUUAAAGAUACUUUGAUGUUUACCAACAAUCCUAUCCUAGUACCUUAUAUAUAUAUACAUUGUCUUUCUCUUUAGAUAAUGAAGGUAAAUCAUUCCAUAUAUAUUUAGUUUAACUAUGAAAAAGAUAAAUAGAGCAUCGGUUUUGUUUGCUUAA